AUGUAUAGUGGCCUACCGGGCUUUUUAAAAAGAUGUCAUCCAAAGUUCCUGUACUUUCUGCCGGUUUCAUGUACAUACACUUACUUACUGGCUGACUCACAUACCAAAGAUGCUGUUCUUAUCGACCCUGUCUUAGAAACUGUUGAACGAGAUAAAAAACUUAUAUCUCAGUUGGAUCUUAAAUUGGGUCCAAUAAUAAAUACUCAUUUGCAUGCUGAUCACGUAACUGGCAGUGGAUUGUUAAAGCGAAUUCCCGGAUCUUAUAGUGUGUUAUCUCAUUAUGAUGGAGUUAAAGUUGACAAGAUAAUAAAACAUGGAGAUGUUAUUAAGUUUGGGAAUUUCGAAUUAGAAUGUCGAAGUACUCCAGGGCAUACAUCAGGCUGUAUGACGCUAGUAUUGCAUUCGGCUGGUGUUUCUUUCACUGGUGACACACUUUUAAUUCGUGGUUGUGGAAGAACAGAUUUUCAGGGAGGCUCAGCUGGGACAUUAUAUGAUUCAGUUUAUUCACAAAUCUUCAGUCUUCCAAAUGAUUAUAUAUUGUUUCCUGCUCAUGAUUAUUUAGGCAACACUAUGACUACUGUUGGUGAGGAAAAGACAUAUAAUCCUCGAUUAACAAAAACCAAAUCGGAAUUUAUUAAAAUUAUGAAUGAAUUAAAUCUUCCUUUACCGAAACAAAUGGAACGUGCUAUUCCAUUGAAUUUUAAAUGUGGUAUCAAUGAUGAAUAA